AUGCAACAUAGAAUGAAUACUUUUUUGAACAAGAUCGGAGGUCGAUCGGACCAACCCCCUUUAUCCGAUGAUAGCAGGGAUCUGACCCAAACAGAAAUAAGGGAAGACGGAAGCAAACCUUUAAGCAAAUUGACUCUGAAAGAUGAAUAUGGAACUAUAGAAGUGAAUGAAUCACAAGAUGAUUUAGAUAGUGAUCAAAGUCCUCGUAUUGAUCUAUCGUUGAACUUAACUGAAGAAGAAAAAGAAUACCGUGAGACUUCCAAAUGGUUUAAAUUUAAGCUCUUGUUAUGGGAUUCAGUAGAUAAGCAUCCCUUAGAGAAGAAGUUUUUGUUAAAGCUAGAUUUUUUUUUAAUGAGUUCUUCUAUGUUAGGAUAUUUUAUUAAACAGUUGAACGCAAGUAAUGUUACGACAGCGUAUGUCAAUGGUAUGGAUGAAUACUACGAGAUGAAUGCUAAUCAAUACAACUACCUUCAAACAUUGUGGACAGUGGGCUACAUCAUUGGACAAGUGCCAUCGAAUUUGAUUCUUCACAGAAUUAGUGCCCGAUAUUAUCUUGGAGGCUUGGAGAUUACGUGGGCAAUUUUGACUGUCCUAAUGAUUACAUGCAAAUCUUUGAAAGGACUUUAUGCUUUGAGGUUUUUAAUUGGAUUAACAGAGUCUGGGUAUUUCCCUGGGCUCGAGUAUUUAGUUGGUUCAUGGUAUGGGAAGAAAGAGUUGAGCAAGAGAUCUUCAUUCUUUGCUUGUGCUGGUGUGGCUUCGGGGUUGGUAUCCGGACCCUUACAAAGUAGAAUCUUAACUAACUUCGCGAAUAGUAAGCUUCCUCCCUUUAAAUGGAUGUUUGUUUUUGACGCUGUGAUAUCACUACCAAUUGGAAUUUACACUUUAUUUGUUGAUCCUAAUACGCCAUCGACUACUACCUCUUGGUACUGGACCGAGACCGAUAGAUUAAUUGCCCUUGAGAGAAGAAGGAGAAUUGGGGCUCAAUUGAACACACGAUCAAAGUACACUUGGAAGAAAAUAAAGUCAUUUUUUAAUACUUGGCACAUUUACGUUUUUCCAAUUAUUUUUUUGGCUUACAACAAUAGUUGUGCUGCCAACAGUCAGCCUACAUUCCAAACAUGGAUGAAGAUAACUUUGGGCGAACCUCAACAAGUAUAUAAUCAUAUGACUGCUGCAGUUAGUGGUGCUGGGAUCGGUUUCACAAUAAUAUUAGCGUACUUCGCCGAUUUUAUUGGAGGAACAAAAAAUCAUUAUCUUGUCGCUGCCUUCUUCAUAUGCUUAAUGAUCGGCUGUUCGCUAUUAGCGCAUUGGAACAUACCUGAAGGGUUACAGUGGUUUUGCUACUUUUUGAUUGGUGUUCCAACAUCUUGGGGUCAACCACAAAUCUUUUCGUGGGUUAAUAGGUUAUUGUUUCAUGACGAUAUGAAAAGAAACUUUGUAGUCGUUUGCACAAAUGUAUUGGCAUAUGUAACCAAUGCUUUUGUGCCGAUUUUUGUUUGGGACACAGCAGAUCAACCAGAGUACUUCAAAGGGUUCACGUAUACCGCAUGUUUAAGUUCAUUGGGAUUAAUUAUGACGGGUAUUGCCUUUUAUUUUACUCGAAGAGAUGAAAAACUUUUGAAUGAAAAAUUCAAGACUAAUUUGCAAAAACUCUGA